AACUCAAUUUUAUGAUCAAUCAUAUACUUGCAAUUAGUUUGCAUUCGCGAGCGUCUUUGGUUUGAUCUUUAAUGUCUGACGAGAAAAUCAAUAUACAGAUCAGUUUCUAGUUUUCAGUCUACAAUCAUCGGACACCUGUUCGUGUCUUCGGGCUUUUCCGGGCUCUGUGACGUCAUCUUCGGGCUCGUUCGAUUGUCUCAAAAGAGUGGUCGGACAAGUAGCUUGGCUGCCGGAACACAAACAAAGGGGGAGGUUUUUCCAGGUCACUUCACAAAGGGUGGGAUUCCCAGGGAGCUUUAGGUCUAUGAAUAUUCACACCGGAGAAACUGGGAACUGAAAACAAAAGGGGACGUCGCUUGUUAUUGUGUCUUUCUUGGCAAGCUUGGAGGAUUCUUCUUCUAGCAGUGACGUCUGAGGGCUAGCAUCUUUAAGAAAGUGGGAAGACACCACAGGUGUGUCUUGUCUCGUCAGAAGGGGAGAUCAAGUUGCAAGCAUGGCCGAUUCUAACCAGGUGAAAGCGGACAGCACAGGUGUGGAAAUGACCCAGCAACAGGCGCACACGCAGGUGAACAUCAACAACCUGAAUGUGGAGGAGGGGCAAACCACGGACCAGGCACAGAACCAGCCGCUUGUACAACAAGUGCAAAUACAAGGGAAGUCCAAGUUCGUGUUCUUCAAGAGAAUGCCGGCCGGCCCGCCCAAAGUCCGACCCCCUCUGGGGAUGAACGCUUACGCCCAGAAGAAAACCAUGGCGCAAGGCUUCAUGGACAUGGCGCUUCUCACGGCGAACGCUGCUCAGAUGAAACUCGUCAUGGUCGAGGGUCACGACGGGCGGAUCCCAUUCUUUGACUUCAUCAUGGCGCUGCUGGGACUGUCCAUCGCUUUCCAGAUCGUGGUCGGCGCGCUCCUACUGUACAAGAGUCAGUACAACAUCGAACAGCACAACGAACAGCACAGGGCCGACAGAGCCAACAACUGGGCUACAGGACUGGUCAUGUUAAUCACAGUCUUGAACGUCUUCAUCUCCGCUUUCAUCAUGCUGGAGGACACCUCAUUGCCGCCAGGGGUCGCUUCAACUACAGCAUCUUCCCUCCCUGCAGUACCACAGGCGCCGGCGGCGGCGCCACUUCCCACAGAGGCGUCCUCAGCAGUUGGUUAUACGACGACAAUCAGAGCUCUUUUGGCGCAGAGUACCACCUGCAUCUGUCCAACAACGAUGUAACACAAUCGACUGACAGCUAUUAACGAAUCUCACUCUUUGGUGUGGUCGCUAACCUUAAAAGUGGUCGAUGAGAAAAUUGUAUCAUUCUGGUUCCUUGUCUGUUAUGCGUUAGGAAGGGUACAAUAUGGUGUAACAUCACUAAAAAAUGAGUUAUGUUUUAUUGUGGUGGGCUUUCUGUGUUUCUUUGGGUGAUCGUUUCAAUUCAAUUCACAAUGUUGUUCUUUAUGUUUGAGAAAACUGUUAUUUUUGCACGAUCUUGUUUUCAAUAUCACGUCUGUGUUGUGAGUAUGACGAAUACGAAUAAGUUCAGUCACUUCUCGUUUUAAUGUUUUUUUUUCAUAAAAAAGAUUUGUAGAUGCUUCUCAGAUAGAUUAUAAUGUAUCAUAUUGAGCACUCGAGUUUAUUUCACCAUAUUUAUACUAGCAAUGCACUUUGUGUUCCAAACUAUUAAACAAUAAGACAACGUACUAAUAGAAAAUUACAGUGAUUAACAUGUAAAUACUGCUCUUAGUUUUCUGUACCCUAUAAUUCUACUAGCCAAGCGAAUUUACUGUGGCACAUAUGCACAUUAAUGCUAUUGCUGAAUAUCGAUAGGCACCGUUUAUAGUAUAUAUCAAUAAUUUUGCCAUUGUCGAACACUUCUCCUAUGCAGAAAAUUGAAAAUGUGGCUUAACAUA